AUGAGCUCCAACUUUAGUAACACUGUAGUCAUGACUUUGUGUUACGAAUCUAUAAGUGGGUCUUGUCCUAGACAAGUUCGACCAUUCAGCAUUCGUUUUCCAAUGUACAUGUUCAUGGUAAUAGCAAUAAUAGUCACAGUGUUGGGGAAUCUACUGGUCAUCAUCUCCAUAGCACAUUUCAAGCAGCUUCACACAUCUACAAAUUACCUUCUCCUCUCACUGGCAGUAUGUGACCUUCUCCUGGGGGGAUUUAUAAUGCCCUGCAGUGCCAUCCGAUCAGUGGAAGGCUGCUGGUAUCUGGGAGACUUCUUUUGUAAAAUCCACACCAGCACUGACAUCAUGCUCAGUACAGCUUCUGUUUUCCACCUGUCUUUCAUCUCUAUUGAUCGCUACUUUGCUGUUUGCGAUCCGCUGAGAUACAGAACCAAAAUUACACCUGUUGUCAUACUCAUCAUGAUUAUCAUCAGCUGGGUGGUUCCUGGGGUAAUAUCAUUUGGAAUGAUUUUUUUAGGCCUCAAUUUGAAAGGCAUAGAGGAUUUUUAUUAUGGACACUGUGCUGGGGGCUGUAUUGUGUUUCUCAGUGAAGCUUCAGUCUCCUCUAUCCUUACUUUGUUUGUCCCAGGCCUCAUCAUGUUGGGCAUUUACUUAAAAGUUUAUCUUGUAGCCAGAAAACAGGCCAAAUCCAUUCAUGAUGUCACACAACAAUUUCACACUGCCACAGGAAUGUCAAGGCAAAGGGAGAGAAAAGCUGCAAAAACCUUAGGGAUUGUGAUGGGGGUUUUUCUCAUCUGCUGGACUCCAUUUAUUGUGUGUAACAGCAUUGAUCCCUUUAUUAAUUACUCAGCUCCACCAAUGUUGCUUGAUGCUCUAGUCUGGUUUGGUUACUUAAACUCUGCAUUUAACCCCAUAGUGUAUGCCUUCUUUUACAACUGGUUCAGAAAAGCACUAAGGAUUAUUAUGCUUGGUCAGAUAUUUAAAAGAGAUUCUUCUCUAAGUAUAUUAUUUGCAGAUUAA